GGAUGCACAUGUGUGUCGUUUCUGCCAGCAGGCGCGGGUGGGAGUGAGAGCUUCAUCACUUACUUCUCUUUACCUAAACAGGAUCUUUCCGUCGGCGAUCAUGUUUAAAAAAGUAAUAUCUGUGCGAUUGUCAGCCAUUGUAGUUCGUUCAGAUCUUUAGAAAACAAUUGUUUACAUUUAGAUCAGAUGUUUACGAAAGUUUUGCUGUAGGAGGAGGUUUGUUGCAACUGCUGCAUAAACAUCUAAAAAUGUUGACAAGACACGACACGCGCAGUUGAGGAGCCACAGUUAUCUUUACUGUACAUAUUGAAAUAUCCUGUGAUUGAGACUGUACUGUAAUCUACUGUAUGAGAUGACGUGACCUAAUGCAUAUCAAACAUGGCAGGAAUAGCAUGGUACCAGAAAAAGAUUGGCGCUUAUGAUCAGCAGAUUUGGGAAAAAUCACUGGAACAAACUGAACUCAAGGGUUUUGGAAACAAACCUAAAAAGACCGGCCAUAUCAAACCAGACCUUAUUGAUGUUGACCUAGUAAGAGGUUCCACGUUUAGCAAGGCCAAACCGGAGAGUCCUUGGACCGCUCUGACCCGUAAAGGCCUGGUCAGGGUCCUCUUCUUUCCUUUUUUCUUUCAGUGGUGGAUCCAAGUUACAUCUAAAUGUAUCUCCACCUGCAUCUUGGUUCUGUACUUUCUUCAAGUGGCAGGAGCUGUAUUGUAUUUUGAGGUACCAGCAGCCUGUGCCAGUGAGGUGGUGGGACCAUUAUGCCUCAUGCUAUUGUUGGGUACAGUGCACUGCCAAAUAGUGUCCACAGAAACCUCCAGAAGUCCAGAUAACAGUCCCAUCUCCAGCCGUACAGCCAGUCCUGUUCGCCGGAAAAGACAGAGGAAAAGCAGAAAAUCGAAGAGAUCAGAGGAUGAGGGAAGCAAAGGAAGGGGGGUGGUAGAUCUCAAGCCUUGGCUACUUGAAGACAACCAUCGGCUCUACAGAACAGAGAAGAGACUGAUCUCACCAAGGAGUCCUCGAUAUGGGGCUUCUGAUGAUCUCUCCAGUGAGGAAGAGGGGGCAGAUGAAGCAGAUCUUCACCGAGACAGGCUUUUCUCAUCGGCACCUCCCAAAUACGCACCAGCGUUAAGGAGUAGACUCCACAAUGUCCCCACGAACCACCUGCCACCGCAGGCCCAACCUCAGGGAAACUUUAAUGGCACCCCAGGAUUGGCACGUGAAGUCGAGCAUCUGCGGCCAUCAGAGGGUUCACAUCCGGCCUCAGAUACUGAUGACAUGUUAUGGGAAGAGCUUCUGCAGGAUCCUGACUCCGCCUCCACAGGAAGCAGUGACAGUGGGGAGGAGCCUCACAGUCAUAGCCAUUCCUUUCCUAUGCCCAGCAUAACUCUAACUAGUGAUGAUGAGGAUGAAGCCUUACCUCAGCACCAGUUUUCUUGGCUGCAAGCAUGUCAUCCCUCUAAAGACCGAGUCAGUGCCAUUUUUUGGGAGCAGGGAGAAUGCAAGAAAGCAGACAUGUCCGUGCUGGAGAUCAGUGGUAUCAUUCUCAGCAGAGUGAAGGUAGUCGAACAGGGAAUGGGAUAUCUUCUCUUCGGCACCCUGGUCACGGCUUGCCUGGUUCUGCUGCCCUACUGCUUUAGGCUGGCACAGAAACUUGAUGUUGUCAGUCGCAGUUCUGUUACUCUUGAGCAGCUUUUGGCAUUGGCCAUUGGGUCACGUAGUGUCGUAUCAUAUGCGUUCUUCAUCAUCACCACAGUGGAGAGAGCGGUCCUCGCUGGACUCUUCUUUUUUAUGUUGUGUGUGGCUGAGAGGACAUAUAAACAGCGCCUUCUGUUUGCGAAACUCUUCAGCCAUCUCACGUCGGCACGUAAAGCCAAAAAAUCUGAGAUUCCUCACUUUCGACUGAAGAAAGUACAAAACAUUAAGAUGUGGCUUUCACUGCGAUCAUUCCUGAAGAGACGAGGGCCUCAGCGGUCAGUUGAUGUCAUUGUAUCAUCAAUUUUUCUGCUGGCGUUGUCCAUUGCCUUCAUCAUCUGUGCCCAGCUUCUACACAGUCAUCACACUUUUCUUGACUCCGAAACCAACUGGGAGCUAAUGGUCUGGUGUGCUUCCCUCAUGGUUUUCCUGCUAAGACUGGCUACCCUAGGGGCAGAGACCAACCGAAAGUACAGCAACGCUUCUGUGCUCCUAACUGAACAGAUAAACUUAUAUCUUAAGAUGGAGAAAAAACCCAACAAAAAGGAUGAGCUGAACAUAGUGAACAAUGUGUUGAGGCUGGCCACAAAGUUGUUGAAAGAAUUAGAUGCUCCAUUUCGUCUGCUAGGCCUGACGGUAAACCCGCUCAUCUACAAUAUAACAAGAGUGGUCAUUCUUUCAGCCAUUUCAGCUGUGGUCAGCGAUUUACUGGGGUUCAACAUCCGGCUCUGGAAGAUCAAAACCUAAAGUGAUGCCACUACACUGUCUUAACACUGGGACCCGAGAGACUCUUAACUGUGCUUAUGAACAACCUCUCAUGGCCAGUAUCUUUAAAAACUGUGCAAAUCUACUGACCAAACCUGCGCAUGGCUUUGCCUCCACUUUCUGUGCCAAUGGCCAGCCCGAAAAACCUGUGUUCAAUUCAACUUGAACUCUUAGGUUAUUCCCUCAUAUCUGAAUAACUGUAAAGCACAACUAGACUUGAAAAUGUAAUGCAUUGUUUUGAAUGCGACUUUCUCUAUGCACUUGCCAAGUGCUGUAACUACUUAUAAGUGUGAUGUUAUGUAUUUCAAUCACUGUGCUUUGUUUCUAGAAAUGUAUUUUCUAAUAAUAUAUUAUCUGAUGUGGAAGUAAUACCUUUAAAACAGAACCACUAUGUGCCUGGUGAAUAAUUCCAUUUAAUAGUAGUUUGUAGAUAUGCUAUGUAUGAAACAUAUUCAUUGACUGCUGAAUAGGAAAUUAAAGUUUUUUAAGGUACUGAAAAUAUUGCACAUUGAAGCUCCAUGUGGGCACAUAAUUUCUAAUGGCAUUGUAUUCAAAUAAACUUUUCUUUAAC